AUAUGGUUUGAAUAUGAAUGUUAAAGACGAACCCGAUCACUUCGAAGAGCUCCCAGCCGCUCAAGAAAACCUAAUAUCAAAUACCGUGACGCCGAAGUCGAAGAAAACCAUUAAAAAGUCACCGAAAUUGUCUCGAAGUAAACCAGGCCCGCAACUUGCAAAUAGCUCGACGAGACCUGACUACGCUAUCCCGGCUGCAGCCCAGAAUGCGAAACUGAAAGAAUUGACCAGACCGCACAUUGAUUCGUUCAACUGGUUUGUGAGCAAAGGACUCCGUACGGCUGUGAGUGGCAUCAACCCAAUUGAGUUCGAAAUUGCAGGCAAUAGAGUGAAGAUCAGCUUCAGAAAUGCGUCAUUACGAGGAACCAGUACCUCCACCGGAUACUCGUCCGAUAAGGGAAUGGGUGAUGUGAAGUCGAGAUGUGGCUACCCGAGUGAGGCGAGGAUGAGUGGCAAGUCCUACUCUGGAGUACUGACUGUUGGAAUGUCGGUGGAAGUGGCCGGCCGCAUCACACUCACUGAGCGCAAAAUGGGCGAGAUUCCGAUCAUGGUCAAAUCGGACUCCUGCAUUCUCAGCAAAAUGAGUCCCGCUGAGUUCAUAAAACACAAGGAGGACCCGGAAGACAUUGGGGGCUACUUUCUUGUGAAUGGGUCGGAGAAAGUGGUCCGUAUGCUGGUCCAACAGAGGAGGAAUUUCCCAGUUGCAGUUGAGAGGCAUACAUGGAAACAGAAGAACGCCGAGUUCACGGAGUUCGGAGUGUCUAUGAGGUGCGUAGAUGCGGACGGGAGUAUUUGCACCAACAUACUUCACUACACCAAAACUCAACGAGUAGUUUGUAACAUGAUCUACUUGAGACAAGCUUUCCACAUACCAAUCGGAGUCAUUCUCCGAGCACUGGUCGAUAUCACAGACUACGAGUUGUACUCACGAAUAGUGCUCAAUGACGCCAAUGCCGCACGCUCAGAGAUGUUGUGUAAUGUAGCCCAGACUAGUUUGACCCAGAACCAGACUCUGAACUUGUGGAGUCAAACAGAUGCACUGAAUAUGAUUGGAGAGACUCUGAGAUAUGUGUUGAAUGCUCCUGAUUGGCACGAAAGCGCACAAGUCGGCAAACUCUUCCUAAAAAAGUGCAUUGCAAUCCACCUGAAAGAUCCGAUAGACAAGGUCAACUUCCUGGCCCAUGGCUUAAGAAAACUGGUCUCUUUUGCCACCGGACAAUGUGCACCAGAGAAUCUGGAUUCACCCUCCAACUUUGAAGUGCUCACAAGUGGACAUCUGUUUUGUCUGGUCAUCAAAGAUCGCCUUGAGAAUUGGCUCACAGUUUGUCAGGAAACAUGCAAGAAGAUUCACACAGCUAAAGGCAAGAAAAUAGACAUGGACAAGGUGGUGGCCGAAUCAAUACAGAGAUCAGGAGACAUAACCUCAGCUAUUUUGAACUUCCUAGCCACGGGAAAUAUUACGUCGAAAAGUAGUCUCGGUCUGAUGCAGGCGUCGGGCAUGUGUGUGAUGGCGGAGAAGAUCAACUUCUACAGGUUUUUGUCUCACUUCAGAGCAGUUCACAGAGGGUCUUACUUCUUAGAUAGUCGAGUUUCAACAGUUCGAAAACUUCUUCCUGAGAGCUGGGGCUUCAUAUGUCCAGUACACACACCCGAUGGAGCCCCCUGUGGACUACUGAACCACUUGCCAAUCAAAACUGAAAUCACGAAUGACGAACAUUUGGAGCUGGACUUGAUUCCAAUUUUAACUAAACUAAACGCAACGGAUGCUAAAAAUGCACCGAAGUGGUCAAAUUUUUACGAGAUUUCCUUCAACGGGAAGCUAAUCGGAUUCUGCAGGCGCAAAGAUGGCUACAAAUUUGCAAAUGCUCUGAGAUUGAUGAAAUUUGAUGCAAAAUCUGGCGUUUCUAAUAAGAUAGAAAUCGCAUUCAUCCCAUUUUCAGUGAAAGGUUGUCAGUUUCCAGGAAUCUACAUAUUUUCGCACCAGUCAAGAAUAGUCAGACCUGUUUUUAAUUUCGAAGCAAACGACAUUGAGUUUAUUGGAUCCCUGGAGCAAAUGUAUAUGGACAUUGCUUUGGAGGACCAACAAGAUGUUGAUGGUUUUACACAUAGAGAGAUUGCGAAUACGAACAUUCUGAGUUUUAUCGCUAAUUUGACCCCGUUUUCAGAGUGCAAUCCAAGUCCACGUAAUAUCUAUCAAUGUCAGAUGGCAAAACAGACGAUGGGGUUCCCUUCGUAUACGCUAGACAGUAGAAGUGACAAUAAGAUGUACAUGCUUCAGACACCUCAGUCGCCUUUGAGUAGAAGCAAGACUUACGAGGAGCUGAAAGGGGAUGAAUAUCCUCUUGGUACUAAUGCGAUCAUAGCUGUGAUUGCGUAUACUGGUUAUGACAUGGAGGAUUCUAUGAUUCUGAACAAGAGCUCAGUUGAAAGAGGUUUCAUGAGUGCACAUUUGAGGAAGACGAAAGUCAUCGAUUUGAUUGAAGAGAAACGAAGUAACGACUACAUCUUCAGUUGUGCCAAUGAUGACCUCAUCCAGAAGGGAAUUCUGGACAGAGACGGAAUGCCGACUGUGGGUCGAAUACUCCGACAGGGAGAACCACUCUACAGUUGUCUGGACACGACUACCCAGAAGUACUACGUGAAGAAAGUGGACUUCGCAGAGACUGCUCAGGUGUUAUCCGUGCGAGCGGUUGAUCAUGAGAAAGUGAAUAGGUGGUCAAAAGUGUGUAUCAACUUGCGUGUGACAAGGAACCCUAUCAUAGGAGACAAAAACGCCAGUCGAGCAGGUCAGAAAGGUAUUUGCAGUCGCCUCUACGCAGUUGAAGAUUUGCCCUUCACAGAAGGCGGAAUGGUACCCGAUAUCAUUUUUAACCCGCACGGCUUUCCGUCUCGAAUGACAAUCGGCAUGAUGAUCGAGUUACUGGCUAAUAAACAUGCAGCUAUAAGUGGAACUUUCCACGAAUCGACGACGUUUAAGUACAGUGAAGAGAACCCAGCUAUUGAAGUGUUCGGAAAACUGCUAGUAGAGCGGGGAUUUAAUUUUAAUGGCUUGGAGACCAUGUAUAGUGGUGUAAGUGGUGAGAAAUUGGAAGCGGCCAUCUUUUUUGGACCUAUUUACUACCAGAGACUGAGACACAUGGUAUCUGACAAGAUCCAAGGAAGAACUACAGGACCAAUCGAUGCGAUUACGGAACAACCUGUAAAGGGUAGAUCACGUGGUGGUGGAAUUCGAGUGGGUGAGAUGGAGCGGGACGGACUCCUCUCGCACGGUGCAGCCUACGUCACUAUGGACCGCCUUCUAGAAUGUUCUGAUAAGUCAUACAUGCCAGUAUGUAUGCAGUGUGGACGCACACUCGGAACUGAGUUCAUAAGGAUGUUUAACGACGAAGAUUUGUGGUAUUUACGGAAAUGGAGAUGUAGAAUAUGCGAUUCGAAGAAAAAAGAAUCAGAAGAUGAUACGAAAGCAAUUAAAAAAGAAACGAUCGCACAAGUGGCGGUUCCGGCUGUUAUGAGGUACCUGAUUAGCGAGCUGUCGGCGUGUAAUAUAUCAGUGCGGUUUAAUAUCUCAAAGAUAAAAGAUGAUGGUAUUAUGAGAUAAAUUAAGGCGAUCAUUCGGAAAUGUAUCUGUUUUUUUUAUUGUACACUCAAAAAAAAAUGAACAUGUAGUUUUAAGAAAAAAAUUACGUAAUUUCACAUGUUCGUCACAUGUGAUUAAAACCUCGGGAGAAAUUGCGUGUCACAAGUGAUUCUAAUGUCCAAACAUGUAAAAUCACAUGUAUUUUUACGGAAUUUUUUUUGAAUCCGCACGUAAUUUUUGUGUAAUUGACAUGUUUUUUCAUGUGAAUUCUCAUGUCAGCUCAUGUGUGAUCACAUGUUGGAAUUUGAGAUUUCAUCAAG